UCUUUCGCCACGCUGUUCCGGUUGCUCAUACAUAAGUCCAUGCUCACCGUUUAAAAUUCUCCCUCCCUUCCGUCUUUUCUGUCUUCCUUCAUCUAUCUAUCCCUUGUAUGCACUUCCGCGCAGAUACCGGAAGCGCCACAUCGAUGUGAUAGCCUUCGGCAUCACCCAACCCGAAGAAGGCUCGCGGUCCUGCCCAGUCUUGAACUUUCAGCGCAGGUGCCCGAGUUUGGACACGACAUGCACUCCCAAGGCCGCUACCACCACCGCCGCUCAACGCCCAGCUCUAGCUCCGUUCACGACCUUCCCAGGCUCCUACUCCCGCGGCAGCCCUGGGUCAGGAUUGUUCGUCACCUCCUCCCUAGCUUCGUCUCCGACUACAUCUUCCCCGAACACCGAACGACAUGGCGACUGCACCCGACGUCCUACCUCGACGGCCUGCGCGGCAUCGCAGCCAUCAUCGUCUUUUUCUGUCAUUACACAGAGAACAACUUUGGCGCGCUGACACCGUCGUACGGCAUCGACCCCAAGAAGCCGUCGAGUUGGCUUCAGCUUCCCUACGCGCGCAUCAUUUUCUCCGGACGGCCCAUGGUGCACAUCUUCUUCGUCGUUUCCGGCUUCGCGCUGAGCUACAAGCCCGUCAAGGCGCUGCAUGCACGUGAUACGGAAAAGUGCUAUGCCGCGCUGGCGUCAUCUGCCUUCAGAAGGCCCUUCCGGCUCUUCGGACCCUGCAUCGUCUCGACCUUUCUCAUCAUGUGCCUGCGCCAGAUGGAGUAUCUGAAACCGGCCAAGGAGACGUGGAGGGAGGAGCUCUGGAAGUGGAAGGGCGCCAUAUUUCACGAAAUCGCCUGGCCGUGGUCGUGGGACAAGGAUCUGCGGCCAAAGUACGAUAUCCACCUGUGGACGAUCCCGAUCGAGUUCGCGCAUUCCAUGCUGCUGUUCAUGGUGCUGCUGAUGCUGUCGCGGGUACGGUUGCGCAUACGGAUGGCCAUGGUCUUUGCGCUGAUGUUGUAUUGCCUGGCAUGUGGCAAAUGGGCGGGGUUUGAGUUCCUGGCAGGGUUGUUCUUAGCCGAACUACACGUGUUGAAAACAGCACGGGGCAAAGAGUGGGAGCGAAAUGCGGAAAGAGACGGACAGCCAGAUUCGAUGUCGAACUGGCUUUUCAGGACGUUUCAGCUCAGUCUGGUCGUGGGCGGGCUAUUCCUCGCCGGCUGGCCUAACCAGGACGCCGACAUGACUCCCGGGAUCCGGUAUUUCCUCGCGCAGACGCCCCUUCCGUUCGCCAAGAUGGACUUUCUCGCACCGCAAAAGUUCUGGUUCGGCUUAUCGGCCGUCUUCAUCGUCUGGGUGGUGGGAGAUAUCGAUUGGCUCCGGGAAAUAUUCGAGAGCCGUCUCGCGCAGUACUGCGGGCGGAUUAGCUUCGCCGUGUACAUAUGCCACGGGCCGAUAGAAGACCUGUUCAAGGAACGGUUGUUGGGCCGUCCGCUGAUACCCGCAAAGGGCGAGUUUGGGAUGGUCACCUACAGACCGGCAAAGCCGGGCACUGGCGUCAAGGGGCUCAUCGGCACUGAGACAACGACGCAGCUCUUCGUAGGCUGGCUGGUAGGACUGUGUCUUCUCGGGCCGCUUGUCAUCUGGGCCGCGGAUUUAUUUUGGCGGGCAGUCGAUAAUCAGCUUGUUAGCCUGGCAAGGAAGUUGGAAAUGCUGUGCUUGGACGAGACAGAGCCGAGUCCCAGGAGUCAGGGGUACUCGGUCGCGGCGUAAUUCUCUUUGGACACUUGACUUUGGGGUUUUGGAGUAUACGGGACGUUCUUUGUGUUACCUGGACGCUGUCGCCUUAUACCCAGGUUUUGGAGACUGGUAUGAGUCAUGACAUGUGCAACCAUGUCGUAGUUAUCGAAUUUACCUCAAUCAGAGACUUGAGUCGUAC